GUGGAUGCUUGAGAGUGGAGGAUAAGGUACAAGUGUCUGGGACCGGUGGAAUGGAGGCCUGAUGUAGAUGGAAAGAUGGAUGAAGAAGAAGCUCUGAACUCUAUUAUGAAGGAUUUGGCAGCGUUGGGCAAAUGUGGGGGGCUGCUGGACAACAACAGGAAUAAAAACAGUGUCCACUCCAGCAAACAGCAGCGAAAUGUCAGGAUCAAGUUUGAAUAUGAAGGAGAGAAAAGGAUUAUCCAGUUUCCAAGACCAGUCAAAUUCAAAGAAGUGGUACAGAAGGUCACAGAUGCUUUUGGACAGACGAUGGACUUAGUCUGUGUGAACAAUGAGCUCCUGAUCCCACUGAAAUCCCAGGAAGAUUUGGACAAAGCAAUGGAACAGUUGGAGCUGAGCCCUUCCCUGAAGAGCCUGCGGAUCCUCGUGAGCGCUCCAAAGAAAGCGAAUCUUCUCCAGCCAAACAACAGCAAACAGCACGAAAUGAGGAUCUCCAGGUCCAUGGGUGAUAUCAUGGGAUCCCUGUACAAGGACUCCGAGAGGACGCGGAAGUAUUCAACAGGCUCUCUGCACACUGGCCGGAGCUCUCCGCCCCCAGGGAGUGUUCCUGAAGAGCAGCAGCAGAUUGCUCGCCAGGGAUCCUAUACCAGCAUCAACAGUGAGGGCGAGUUCAUCCCCGAGACCAUGGAUCAGAAUAUGCUUGAAGCUUUCAUCAGCCCCGAUGAGUCUCUGUCUGGGAGCUGCCAGUCACUGGACAGAUCUGUGGACAGCCCUCCCUUUACCCAAACCCCUGUUCCUGGAAGGAAGAGCCAUCCCAAAGACAGUCUUGACUGCAUGGAUUUUGACAUCCCGUUCUGUGAGAGGUUUGGGAAAGGUGGGACCUUCCCGAGGCAGUACCACCUCUCCCAAAGCCGCAAGGACUACAGUGAUGGCCGGAGGACUUUCCCCAGGAGUUACUUCCCACAGGAGAACCUGUUUCAGCUUGUCCCUUCUAGCCGAACCAAGAGCUUUAAUGGGGACAGCAAGCUCAGCACCUUGCAGUACGACGAGUACAGGCCCAAAUGGUGGAAUAAUUGUGAAAAAGGUCUGCAGGUCUUCAGCACCUCCCCUACGAAAGCUAGGAAUUCCCUGCAGGCACCUGUGAACUGGAGGCUGGGGAAGCUGCUUGGAAGAGGAGCUUUUGGGGAAGUUUAUCUCUGCUAUGAUGCCGACACCGGCCGGGAGCUGUCAGUGAAACAGGUGCCUUUUGACCCUGACAGUCAAGAGACGAGUAAAGAGGUGAAUGCCUUAGAAUGUGAGAUUCAGCUGUUGAAGACUCUCCGUCAUGACAGGAUAGUGCAGUACUAUGGGUGCUUGCGGGAUCCUGAGGAGAAGAAACUGUCUAUCUUUGUUGAAUACAUGCCAGGGGGCUCAAUAAAGGACCAGCUAAAAGCUUAUGGCGCUCUGACAGAGAACGUCACACGGAAGUACACCAGGCAGAUCCUGCAAGGAGUCUUCUACUUACACAGCAAUAUGAUUGUCCACAGGGACAUUAAAGGUGCCAAUAUUUUGAGAGAUUCUGCUGGAAAUGUGAAACUUGGAGAUUUUGGGGCCAGCAAACGCAUCCAGACCAUCUGCAUGUCUGGGACUGGGAUUAAAUCUGUCACAGGAACGCCAUACUGGAUGAGCCCAGAGGUUAUCAGCGGAGAAGGCUAUGGAAGGAAAGCUGACGUGUGGAGCGUGGCCUGCACUGUGGUGGAGAUGUUAACGGAGAAGCCGCCGUGGGCAGAGUUCGAAGCCAUGGCGGCUAUUUUUAAAAUCGCCACCCAGCCGACCAACCCCCAGCUCCCCGACGGCGUCUCGAACUCCUGCCGCAACUUCCUCAAGCAGAUCUUCGUGGAGGAGAAGCGGAGGCCGACGGCCGAGGACCUGCUGAGGCACCCCUUCGUCAACUGCGGGCUCUGAGCCCCUGGCAGCAGGGAUGGGGAAACGCCGGCGGGAGGGGGGCGGCUGCCAGACCCUGUGCCCUUUUGGGCUCUGCGGUUCAGACCUCCACCCUGGGCUGUCCUGGCGGUGGCCCCCAUGGGUCCCUUCUUGCUUGGCACCGGCCCGGCACCCACCAUGUUGUUGGAUUUCCAAGCUGCGCUCAGGACCGUCAGCGCCAGGAAUUCAGAGCAAGGGCUUUCCCGGACUGUGCGGGUGCUGGCCUAGGACCAAGUAGCCUUCUUGCUGCCAGCGAUGUCGGGGUUGUCCCCCCUUGCUGUGUUACUUAUCUCUCGGGGAAAGUGCAGUGAAUGGGAUCUGUCCCCCCCCCCCAGCACAACAGCAGUGCUGGCGGCAUCCCCGGGAGCAGCGGAGGAACAAGAUGCUCGGUGGCCAUCACCACCUUCCGCAGGGGAACAGACACGGGCUUCAGCCAAGCCGGAGGGGAUGAUCCUCACACCACAGAGUUGGGGGGACCCGGGUGUCCCUGUUCACAAGGGGACCAAACCCUCCCUGGAGGUCGCGGGACCAGCCGGCGUCUCCAGCAGGGCGGCAUUUAAUACUGUUCUGUGCCUUAAGCGGUUACAAUCAAGGAGUGAUGCUCGACUUGGCACGAAGCACGGAGUCGGGCUCAACGAUGCAGCAGCCGUGUUGACUUUGCCUUUGUGCGUGUGUGUGUGUGUGCGUGUGCACGUGUGUGUGUGUGAAUCUGGGAAGAAGGGGUCUUCUCGGGGCGCAGGAGGUCUCUGCGGGGUACACCUGUGGACGGAUGCCUGGGACCUCUGCCACGGGCUGUGCACAAGGAUGUUUAAAAGCUGUCGAUGCCUGCAGUGGGCAAGGUUUGUGCUGGGAACCAUCAGGGUUCACGUAGGAGCCGGAGGGCAUCUUGGUGAGGGCAGCUCCGUUGUUCAUCCCCUCGGCUGGAGGGAUGCCAACGUGUUUUGGAAGCGGAGCUGUGGGAGGAGCCCAGUGAGUCUCCCUAAAACCCAAGCAGAUGCCUAAAAUCAGGCAGAAAGGACCCACGCCUGUGGAGCUGGGCUGCUGAGGGCUUCUCCUCCAUAUCUUGUGGGACCAGCCCCGGGUGCAGGGAAGGGGGGCAUCACCUCUGUGGUGGUGCCCGAGGGACCAUGAAUCAUAGAAUCAUUUAGGUUGGAAAAGACCUUUAAGAUCAUCAAGUCCAACU